AUGUUCGGCGAGUUUCGCAAAAUCAAAAUAAUGUAAUGUGUGCGAAUGUGAAUACUGCAGAUGCCAUCAAUAAUACUAUGGCAGAAUCAGUACCGACACGAGUUAGUUAUCUUCUGUGGUUCGCUCAAGAACAUGUCAAUUUCCGAGCAGCUGAUGUCGAGUCGGUUGCGUCAAUAUUUGGCAUCAAAAUUAAUUACAAAACUCAAAUCAGCGAAUAUCCCUAUUGCAUUGUCGAUUUGCCAAGUGAAGAGGAAGCAAAGCUGCUUGCUAGUCGAUGCAUUUCUGUAAAAUCGAUCUUGGAACUUUGGGGCCAUGGCAAGACUGUCGAGGAGCUACAUGAAAAUGUCAAAAAGCUUCCUGAGACUCUCACGAGCCCGUACUUUGGUGCUGACAAGACUUUCAGACUCGUCGUUGAAACAUUUUGUAAAUCUAUCUCGCAAAAGGAAAAGGUUGAACGGAUUGAGUCCUUUGGAUACUUGCCUAUUGAAGGAGACGUGAAUCUGAAAAACCCUGAUGUUGUUUAUUACCUGUUGGAGUACUUUGGUCAAGAUUCAAACAACAUUCCUGAAAAGCCUUACGAAUUAUUUUUUGGACGAAGGGUUGCCGAUGGUCAAAGGGCGCUGAUCACAAAGCUCUCUCUGAAGACAAGACACUUUCUCGGCAACACAAGUAUGGAUGCACAGCUGUCACUGCUGAUGGCCAACCAGGCCAAAAUUGUACCUGGCAGUUUAGUUUAUGAUCCCUUUGUUGGAUCGGGGUCACUUCUUGUCUCGGCAGCUCAGUUUGGAGGCUACGUUUGUGGUGCAGAUCUUGAUUUUUUAAUGAUUCAUGGAAAGACUAGGCCAGUGAGGCCAAAUCAAAAAGUGAGAGAAAAAGGAGAGAGUAUUAAGAGCAACAUGCGACAAUACAAUCUCUCAUCAAGAUACCUUGAUGUGCUGGUUGCGGACUUUGCUCGUCCUUUGUGGAGACCUGAUGUUAGAUUUGACGCAAUUCUGACCGACCCCCCGUAUGGUGUAAGAGAGUCUACAGCAAAAGUUGGUUCUUGGAGAGGAGCAGAUAUCAAGCCCAUUCUGGAAAAACAUCUGCCCCACCACAUUCCUGCCAAAGUUGACUACGACAUUCAAGAGCUUAUGAGAGAUCUGCUGGACUUUUCAGCAAACUAUCUCUGCAUGGGAGGCCGCCUGGUGUUUUGGCUGCCUAUUUGCAGAGAGGAAUACGACGAGGAAAAGAGCUUGCCCAAGCACGAGUGUUUGAAACUUGUGAGCAACUGCGAACAGGUAUUGAGCUGUCACUCAAGUAGAUUACUCCUGUGUAUGGAGAAGGUAGAGGAGCCUUUGAUAAAAGAGAAGACGCCGCCUGCACAACUCACCAGCACAACUAAAUUUAGAGAUAGAUAUUUCUCGGGCAGGCCUCUUAACAAUGUUGAUCUCACUGAAUAAACAUAAAUUUUAUUCGUUACAUAUA